AUGAAAACUGAUCAAUUGUGUAUUGGUUUUAAUUUAUUUUUUCAAUAUUAGUUCCAAAAUAUAAAUACUGCUAAUUCAAAAUAAAAUUUAGAGAAGACAGAAAAAAUAAUUGAAUAAUGGAAUAAAUUAACAGAUGAAGAUAAAAUGUAUUGGUAAUAAAAAGAGGAAGACUUAAAGUCUGAAAUAAAAAAUAAAAACAAUUCAAAACCAAAUCUGUGUUAAAAUUAAGAACAAAAAGAUAUUGAAGAUAUAGAAAAAAAUAUUUUAUUGAUGAAAUUUGAUGAAGCUAAAUAAAAUUAUAAGAAAAGGAUUUAUGAGAGAAACUAAUAAAAUGAAGCAAAUGUGGCUGAUGAUUCUAAAGUUAAAAAAAUUACAAAUACAUAAAAAUAAAAAAAUAAUAAAAAUAACAAUUAAAGAAAAAAAUAAAAUAAUUAAGAUGACAAUUGUGUAGAAGAAAUCAAAAGAGGAAAGAAUUCUAAAUUUAGACAAUCAAAACGUGGUGGAAAAAGAAGAAUUUGA